AUGGUCGACGCCAGCGAGGCGCUGCUUCGCCAGCCCGCCGUUCAGCAGCUCUGGACGCGCUUCUGCCUGCGCGAACUCGUCUCUCCCAUCGAAGACGGGUGGGAGGCGGCGCUGCGCUUGGCGUGUCUGCUCCACGCGUUCUCGAACGUGUUUCUAUGCGGACAAACCGAAGUCACGCAGAAAAAACGAAUCUCGCUGCAACCCGCGGUUCUUUCGCCGCUCAUCAAGCACUUCAUUCGCGAGUCGUUGAAGCUGCGCAACUGCAUGAUCAACGAUGUGUGCUGGAUUGACCACCGUUUCCACGAAUUGGUUUCCACGUUUGAGAAGUGCGAGAAUCCGGAGUUUGUGCCGGAAGAUUGGGAGAUCGUGGAGUUGGGGAGCUUGCUAUUGGCGAGCAAGCAGCUGUGGCCUUUGAUGCUGCAUAUGGUGGCGACGGAGAAGAUUCUGAAGGGAGAAGAACGUGAUCGGGUGAUGCAGUGCUAUACGCGGUUUUUGGAGAUCGCGAAGGAGAGAGAACUUAUGGAGAUGUGGAAUAUUCCGUCGAUUCUGAAUGGAAAUGACUUGUCGUCGAUGGGAGUGAAGAGAGGGCCUGACAUGAAGGGAUAUAUGGAAGACAUUCGGAAGUGGAUGAUUCUGAAUCCGCAUGGCACCAAGGAGCAGUGCAUUGAGUAUCUCAAUCAGAGACGUUCGUAG